GCCCAGCUGAGGGGACAGAACCGGACCAGCCCAGGCCCAGCUGAGGCCCCGGCCAUGGCGGAGCCGCUGCUGCGGAGGACCUUUUCUCGGUUACGGGGCCGCGAUCGACCGUGGAGGAAGAAAUCAGACGGUAAAGAGAGAGAGCAGCCCCAGCCCGGCCCCGACCCCUUGCCAGCCCCCGACGCUUCGUCUCCAGCGACCCCGGAACCGCCAGCAUCCCGCAGGCAGAACUGGGUUCGCUUCUCCGGCCGUCAUCCUCCUCCUCCUAAAUCCACCCCGGAGGGGCCGGAACCCAGCGAACGGGACGAGAUGGGCGGCAGCAACCUUCCAUCGGCUGCUGAUCCAGGCGGGGAGGAGCCACAGGAGCCGGCGGUGGAGGAGGAGGAGGAGGCGGACGCGGCGGAGCUCGGAGGUCCGGGUCGGAGCCCAGGGCACGGCGCUUAUCUGCAAAGCCUGGAGCGGAGCAGCCGGCACUGGGUGCUGUCGUCGGGAAAGGGGGCAGGGCUGGACGAAGGUGGAGGAAGCAGCGAAACGGAGGUCGGAACGGGAGGCAGCGAAGGGGAGAUCUGGUACAACCCCAUCCCAGAGGACGAGGAUCCUCCGAGGCCGCGCAGGGAGGAGGCGGAGAGCCCGGCAACGCGGGGCACGGAGGAGGAGCCGGCAGGCAGGAGCCAGGCCUGUGGUGUGUGAGGGCCCCGGUCCCUUUGUCACCACCCCGGGGAGCGUCCCCUGUGUGCCUGCAGUGCCCACAGCACCUCUGUGCUUUUGUGCCCCCGUGAGGAACCAGUGAGGGCCCCAGAUCCAAGGAUCCCCGGUGCCCCAUGGAGCCCCACAGCAUCCACAGCACCUCUGUCCUUGCUGUGCCCCCCUUGAGGCCUUUGGACCCUUUGAAGUCCCCAAAUCCAAUGAUCCCCAGUGCCUCAUGGAGCCCCACAGCACCUCUGUUCCUUUCUGUGCCCCCCAUGAGGCCUCUGGACCCUUUGAGAUCCUCAGAUCCAAUGAUCCCUGGUGCCUCAUUCAACCCUGCAGCAUCCACAGCACCUCUGUCCUUCCUGUGCCCCCCAUGAGGACCUUUCCAGGUCCCCACAUCCAAUGAUCCCCGGUGCCCCAUUGAGCCCCACAGCAUCCACAGCACCUCUGUCCUUCCUGUGCCCCCCUUGAGGCCUUUGGACCCUUUGAGCUCCUCAGAUCCAAUGAUCCUGGUGCCCCAUGGAGCCCCACAGCACCUCUGUCCUUCCUGUGCCCCCCA